GAAAUUUUCCCACUUGAUGCACCUGCUGCAAUCCUGCCUGAUCCGUGACGCGCAAAAACGGCCGACGGCGGCGUUUCUCCGGGAGGAAGUGCUUUGUCUGGAGCAAGUGGAGAAAUCUUUGCAAUCUCUUGUCGAGUUUCCGUUUCAGCGCGCGGACAUCCGGCCCAUCUGGGGGAGUACCGCCACGGUGCUGCACAAAAAGCACAUCAGCAAGAGCGGAAGUCUAGUGGAAGACGCGGGGCUGCUGACAGGUAUGACGAUGAGUGGGGAAGGAGGUGAUAGUACUAGUCAGAGCAACGCUACGCCAGAAUAUAUUAAGACCAUUCCGGGUGCAGCCGGGACGACACCAGAUGAGAACCCGAUCGACGGGGUGGAGAAGAAUUACACUGCGUCCGCACGCGAACAGUGGACGCAGGUUGCCGAGGCGCUCGCGAAAUUGCACGACGACGAUAAUUUAUUUGACGCUGCGGGGAAGGAUAGCUUUAGCUCUGUGCAGAGCCCGCCGGACGUAGUACCAGGGGUGGACGCUGGAGCAGGGAACAGCCACGAGAAAGAACAGUCGGAGCUGCAAGGGAUGCCUUUGUUGUCGGGCGGACACGAAAGAAGAGGUGAGGACGCCGAUUCUACUGUUGCCAAAAGUCAAACCGCUCUGGAUCGUAACGCGGAGCAGGAUGAUAUCUACCACGACGAGGAGGACUGUUACGCAGCCGACGGCGGAAAAAGUACGGACCAAGAAUCUGCAGGCUCAAACCCUUCUCUCUGGUCCUCGUUUUUCUCCUCGUUGCUCACGUGGAAGGCUUUGCUGGCUUUUGUCCUGGUUGCCGGGACGGUGUCGGCAGCGGCCGGGUUUGCGGUGUACACAGUGGACCAGGAGAGAGCGAAGAUGGACACGCAGGACGGGCAAAGUGGCGGCGGAACUACAAAGUUUCUGUUUCCCCCACCUC